CACGAAGCUUUGGCUGUCUGUCAGAAUUCAGAACUUAAACAAACUCUUCUUUUUCAUUCAAUUUUGUCAAGCUGCAAUAACCUCUCUCACACACUCUGCUUCGCUUGGGGUUUUGGUUGUCAAUGGCUGCUAAGUCCAAACGGGUUUUUUGACAUAAAGGUCGACGCUUUCUGGGUUUGGGUGUUAUCGAAAGGUAGAGAUAAUGCUGGAAGGACUUGUACGCCAGUUGAUAUUGGGGUAUUUGGGUCGCUACAUCAAAGAUAUCCAGAAAGAACAGCUCAAGAUCACCGUUUGGAAUGAGGAAGUGCUAUUGGAGAAUGUGGAGCUCACUCUUGAAGCCUUCGACUAUCUUGAAUUGCCCCUAGCUCUGAAACAAGGUCGUGUUGGAAAGUUGAGCAUAAGAAUUCCAUGGAAAAAGCUUGGCUGGGACCCUUUUGUCAUUUGUUUAGAGGAUGUCUUUGUUUGUGCUUCCCAGCGGGACGAUGGUGAGUGGAGUGCGGAUGCUGUUGAAAAGAGAGAAUAUGCUAGCAAAAAGGCAAAACUUGCUGCAGCAGAGCUUGCUAAAUUAUCAAAACACGUCUCUGAUAAUUGGGCCGGGCGAUCAUUUAUAUCAUAUAUUUACGCUAAGAUAUUUGACAGCAUACAAGUAUCCAUACGGAAUUUUCAUGUUUUGUACCAUGAUUUGCGGGGUGACUCGGUGCAUACGAUGUUUGGCUUAAAGUUUUCCAGCUUGACAAUAAUGAAGCAAAAUCCUUUCGGAUCAAGUGCGAGGGUAAAAGGUGGUCAAAUCAGCAAAACUUUGGACAUUAUAGGUUUGGAACUUUAUUGUGGUACAUUCCAAGGACCUCUCGACUUAAUGACUAUGGACAAUGCCAGAUCUAUAGGGAGAUGCAACUCCAUACUGGCACCAUCUGAUGUUUCCAUGUCAAUUUUGGUCAACAGACCAGGAGAGCUUUAUAAUAACAGCUUGCUACAUUCCAUCAAUGCUGAGAUAACUAGUUUGGAGAUAACAUUGAAUGAGGUUCAGUUGCAACAAAUCUUAAUUCUGUGGGAUUAUUUAAGUACGUCACAAUUGAGAAAGAAGUAUGGGCGUUAUCGUCCUUGCUGCAACCCAUCUUCAACAAGGCCAGAGGGCUGGCAAAUAUUGUGGUGGCAUUAUGCACAAGAGUCUGUUCUCUCGGAUGUUCGUAAGAGAUUAAAGAGAACAUCGUGGAGAUACUUUGGACAGAGAAUAAGUAAUCGUCGAAAAUAUGUGAACUUGUACAAGGCUAAGCUGUAUUCUAUUCAGCAGGAUCAGACAAUUGAUGAAAAUGUUCUUGGGGAGUUGGAGCAUAUGGAGAAAGAAUUAGACAUCGAUGAUAUUUUAAGUUAUAGGUCUUCUGCUGAAUGCAAGCUUCAGGAACUUUUGUCCAAUUCUUCAGCUUUCAAUACAAGUGUGAACAGUAGCAGUGUUCUUUCGGAUAGGGCAAAGAAUGAUGAAUGUUUGACAGGUAGAUCCCGUGGGUGGUUGAACUGGCUCUCCCUUGGAAUGCUUGGUGCUGGAGGAACAGAUGACUCUAGUCAAUUUUCUGGUGUUGUUUCUGAUGAAGUCAUACAGGACAUAUAUGAGGCAACAGAGUUCGUCCCUUUGACUGCACCUGGUGCUGAUGCUGCCUCAGAUGAUCAGAUCUAUUUCUGCGCAAUAAAAUUUCACAUUAAUCACGUUUCAACAAUGCUGUGUAGCAUGAAAUGCGGCAAAGAAAUUGCUCAGUUGGUUUUAAGUGAGUUGAUUAUUGAGUGUAAACUUUGGGAGAACUCUGCAACCAUUGUUACUAUUAUCAAUUCUGGGGAGAUGUUUUGUCCAUCUAACAAGAAAGUACUUGUGCAUAUGAAAACGGUUACUAAUAAGAAUAACUUGGAGGAGUUUGAGCAUCCUUCCUUAAAGUUUCAAGUGGAUGCUUCCUCAAACCAUGAGGUUGGGCUUUCAGUAAAGGGCUUGGUUCAACCAGUUGAAGUUACUUGUGAUGCUGAAUCCCUUUUAAACUUUAUGGAAUUUUUUGGCGUAUUCAAUUCUUUUGAAUCUCAGUAUCAAAGGGUCCUGUCAUCACUGAAUGGGAUAAAAGAUGUUGACAGUCGUCUGCAAUCGAAAGCUGAAUACAUUUUGUCAAGUCAUAAGAAGGUCUCAUGGGAUAUUUCUGUCAACAAUAUUCUCAUAAGCAUUCCUUGGGAAAAUAGAGCAAAGGAGCAGAAUAACUUGGUAUUUGAAGUUGGAGCUGUUAUAUUUAUGACUAGAAGUGAUUCAGAAAAUCCUUUCUUAGAAGAUGCUAAACAAUUGUAUGCUCUGGGAAAUUUGAAUUCGUUUCUCAGCUCUGAUUUUUCUGCAUGCUUCCAACUUCAAGAUUUCAAUGAUCACUUUGAAGCCAAAAUAAAUGAUUUGGAGAUUAUGCUAAGAAUGCCUUGUCAUUCUAAACCAAUCUCUAUCAUCGAGAAAUUUAGUGCUUCCAUUGUGUUGACACGUUGCAUUAUUUCAGAUGAAUCAAUAUCAAAACAAUUGAAGGUUUAUAUUAGUGUGGUGUCACUUUCUGUAUACUUUUCUCCGGCGGUGUGUGUUGCUGUUCUGGGAUUAAUUGCACAUCUUUGUACCAUGCAACUGCACUCUGCAAAUGGACCAAUAGUUUCUGAUUUUGGUUUCUGUGUUGAUUUGAAAUUGGAGUCAGUCAGAUUACUAGUUAACCUUGCAAACGAUGGAGAAAACAGCUUAGCCCUCAUAUUUUCCCUUCAAGAAUUGUAUAUCCAGUAUGCCUUUUUAUCCUUUGAAGAGUGCUAUGUCUUCUUAAAAGCAUUAAAUGUAAUGACUUCAUCGUUGAGAGGUGAAAGUGAUGGGCGUAUUGUGUUUUCUUCUGGGAAUCAUGUACCUACCAAUUCUGCACAGGACAUUAACAUUGGACAUGGCAAUAAACGUGAACAUCAUGCUGAUAGAAGUUUAUCUUCUGAAGGAUGCUUUAUGCUAUUUUAUGAAACUGAGAAUACAGAGUUUUCUUGUGUCAAAUGUACCAUAUGCUUGACUGAUGCUGAUUUUCACUGCUACCCAGAUGUAACUGGAUUGCUAAUUGUAUUUUUCAAGAGUCUAUCUGCACAUGAUACUUCUUGUGACGGUGAAAACUCCAAUAGCUCUUCUGUAUAUGCUGAAGAUACAAAAAUAUUUCCUGGGUUCAGCUUUCAAAAGUUUGGCCUUUCAAACUAUUUUGAGAGUGGAUCCCCAGAGCAUGCAAGCAUCCCUUUAGAUCGUUUUCCUUUUAUUACCAUAUCCAGUUCUGGUUCCCUUGGUAAUCUGGAGAGUUCUUUGCUUUAUUCCAAUCGUGAAUGGAGAAAAUAUUUCAAUUUAAGGGACAAGAGAAUCAGAUGUCCAAAGUUUAAUAUGAAGAAGGAAUCUAAGAAUGAUCAUGUUCAUUCUGCGGCAUCACAAUCGAUGUCUGAUACAGAAGCAUGUCAUUUUUCUACAAGCUCUGAAGCAAAAUCAAUUCCUGGUGCAGCUUAUUUUGAUUUUAGCCUAUGUGGAGUCAGUCUGCAUUUUCAUGAUUCGUCAUGCAUUGUUGGGACAGUCACCCUGCCUAGUGCUAUUUGUUCUGUACUUGUUUAUGACGACUGCAUGGAAGCUCUGUGUUCUUUGGAAGGAUCGAUUCUUACCUCAUCGUGGUGGACAAGGAACUUCCAUGAGUUUCUAUGGGGUCCUUCAACACCAAAUUUAUCUUCUAUUAUAAAUGUAAGGGUAAGGAAGAACAAACUGGGACCAAGUUCUCAUGUAGAAGUAGGACUCAGCUUUCAACAUGUUUACUGCAUUUUACCUCCUGAAUAUCUGGCUUUGCUAAUUGGUUAUUUUUCAUUAUCUGAUUGGAGUAUUUGUUCUAAUGAAAAUCAUGGAGGUGAAAGGAGUGAAAAUGAUGAGACUGAAAAAGAGGGUUCUAUUGUAUACAAGUUUGAGAUACUAGACUCUCUCUUAAUGUUGCCUGUGGAAAGCAGUGAACCUCAGUUUCUAAAGGUUGACAUUCAACAGCUGUACUCUAGUUUCAUUUGUAACGGCAGCUCAGAUUAUGUUCUCAAGGGUAUUCCACCUGAAUACCUGGUUCCAGCACCUAAGCUCGAAGAAAAAAACAUUUGUUUAAAUAUAUUUGGACGGGACUUGUUCCUAUCGUUCUUAUCUUUCAAAGAUGAUGAAUAUGAUUGCUUUAAGUUGGACAAAGAUGCUAACUGUGCAUCUGUUACUUUGUUGGCACCCUUAAGUGCUGAUAUCUGGAUUAGGUUGCCACAUCAAAGUGAAUUCGAUUGUAAAACUACUCCAUUAACAGCAUGCAUCCUGGCAAGGGUUACAAAGUGUCAAGUUCUGGCUGAUGAUAAUCUUUUUUUUCCUGGGAUCAAGGCACUCUUGGAUGUUAUAAAUCAGUUUUCUCUUAUUUCCGAUCAAUCGAAAUGUUUCAAAUAUGAUGUUCAUGAGUUUCUUCAUUUGAAAAAGUGUUUCAAAGAGAACAAUGCAGCUUCGCCUGUUGCCUCAAUUAUUUCAUUUACAGAAGUUAGAUGUUACGUUAAUUCAUUGUUGAUAAAGUUUUAUCACUUCAGAGGAGACUCAAGUGAACUUCUUGCUAAUGCUGAAAUGCAAUUUACAUUAUCUGCAGUUUUGAAAAAUGACAUUAUUUCAAGCUUAGAUCUUAGAUUCUCUUCCCUGGAGUUGCUUUCGCUACCUAAUUCUGCUGUGUUAGCAAAAUGUACAUCUCCAUCCUCAACCUCAUCUGUUCUUGACAUUUCAUUUUUAGAAGUAAACCAAGCUGAAACUGAACUAUGUCUUUCUUUUCCAUCUCUUGUCAUUUGGGUACAUUUGUUUGAGUGGGUUGACAUCAUUGACGUCAUUGUUUCGUAUGCUGGACUGUUGUCCAAAAUUGCACCCUUGGAUACAUCGUUGAAUAAUUUAACUCUGGGUGAAGUUGAAAAUUUGGAUAAUAAGCUACACACUGUUUCUCCAGAUUCUCUUCGUUCUUCAAGUGCUUCAACCUAUUCUGCAUCUGGGAGCACAAAGCAGGAUUCUACUAUCUUGACUGUGAAGUUGGACAAUGUCUCCAUUACAUGUCAUCUUCCCAUGUGCAUCAGUAAUAAAGCAUGUGAAGAAUUUCUGGUUACUAAAGAUAGAAGGGAGGACUGUCCAAUUGUUUCAUCCAACAUGAGAGAUAGAAGUGACUUGAAAUACAUUUCUGUUACUGUGCACAGUAAAAGCAGUGAAUUAGUUUUAGAGGGAAGACAUAUGAAAGUGAAGGCUAAUAUGGAAAAGUGGAUUAGCACUAUAUCACUUUGUGAGGAUGGGAAUAAUUUAUCUUGGCCUCUUUUUCAGAUGUUUCAUGUUUCUAUAGAGGCUGAGGUUAGCCAUGAUGUGAUGCAGUCUGUCCAUGUCAGAGUAGAGCUUCAGUGCGACAAUCUAAAUGUUUGGCUUUCUCAUCAUUUUUUCUAUUUUUGGCAUGGUGUGACAUUUGUCAUUCCUGAGGGAGGAGGACCUUCUCAGUUUCCUCUUGGUGGUAUUGAUUUUAGAAUCAAAGCGAGAAAAGUUUCUUUUCUUCUAAGUGAUGGAAGGUGGAGUUGUAGUGGACCACUGUUUGAAAUUUUUGUGAGGAACAUGGUCCUGAAUGGUAAAAUGAUGGAAAGCUAUAUAGAAAGCUUAGUUACCGGUGAGAUCCAAAUGAACUACAACAACAUUCACAAGGUCUUCUGGGAGCCUUUUAUUGAGCCUUGGCAGUUUGAAAUUAAUGUGGCAAGGAAACAAGAAAUGAGUCUGAAUAACACUAUGGUGACAGAUAUACAUCUCAAUUCGUUGGCACAGCUUAACUUAAAUGUUACAGAACCCGUCAUUGAGUGUGUUUUCAGGACAAUUGAGAUGGUUAAGGACUCUUUGGGUAUAGUUGAACCAAAUGAUGUUCUUGAAAGCAAGAAAUUGCUAAAUUCAAAUCAUAAACAUAUGUAUGCUGGAAGAUAUGCACCCUAUGUACUUCAAAAUUUGACUUCUCUGCCUCUAGUAUAUCAUGUUUAUAAGGGGCCUUUUGAUGAGUUUGAUGUGACAGAAAUUAAGGGUAGAAGAUCUGUAGAACCAGGUGCUUCAAUUCCAUUAUAUAUUAAUGAUACUCCUGAGGAACAACUUUUUCAUUUUUGGCCUGCCAAAUCUUCCGACAGACUUGCAGAGCAGAAAUUAAGUGGUGUUGCUCAUCAUUUUAUAACUAUUCAACUUGAUGGAACUUCAAUGCCUUCUACUCCUAUUUCUAUGGAUCGUGUAGGGCUUACGUACUUUGAGGUUGAUUUUUUCAAGGCAUACAAUGAAAAUAGCGGAGAUCAUAGUAGGGAUACCACUUCUGGUUUUGUAGUACCUGUUGUGUUCGAUGUUUCAGUGCAGCGCUAUAGCAAGUUGAUACGAUUAUACUCAACAGUUAUACUUUCAAAUGCGACUUCAGUUCCAUUAGAGCUGCGUUUUGAUAUUCCUUUUGGUGUAUCCCCAAAGAUAUUAGACCCUAUAUAUCCUGGCCAAGAGUUACCUUUGCCUUUGCAUUUGGCGGAAGCUGGUCGGAUCAGAUGGCGUCCACUGGGAGAUACCUACCUCUGGAGUGAAGUCUAUAACCUUUCGAACCUUGUUUUGCAGGAAACUAAAGUUGGAUUUUUUAAAUCCUUUGUUUGCUAUCCUGCUCAUUUAAGUGAUGAUCCAUUCCGGUGUUGCAUAUCAGUUAGAAAUAUCAGCCUGCCAUCUAGGAAAAGUUCUCAUAUCAAGAAUACAAUAAAUACACCUGCCAAAAGUCGUGGCGAAAAUUUGAAAAAGGUAGAUGAGUCAAAUAAGCGGUUUAUUCAUGAGUUGACCCUAUGUACUCCUCUAAUGGUGAACAACUACCUUCCCAAGGAAGUAUCACUGGCAAUUGAAAGUGGCGGGGUUACCCAUUCUGCAUUUCUUUCAAAGGUAGAUGCUUUCCUUCACUAUGUUGAUCCUUCUCAUGACCUAGUGUUGGGAAUUAGUAUGUAUGGAUUCAAACCAACAUCUCUGAAGUUCCCACGUACAGAGACAUUCUGUACGAUGGCCAAGUUCACUGGAACAAAGUUUGCCCUAUCUGAGAUUAUUGCUUUUGAUCCAGACUUCUCAAAUGGUCCAAUAUAUGUUACAGUUGAAAAGAUGAUGGAUGCAUUCUCCGGUGCCAGGGAGAUUUCUAUUUAUGUCCCCUUUCUGUUAUAUAAUUGCUGUGGUUUUCCUCUUCUGAUUUCAGAAUCUGGGAAUGAAAUAAAGAGAGCUAAGUGCAUUAUUCCUUCAUCAUAUGAUAUGAGUGAGCAAGAAUUAUGGAAGACAAAAGAUGGUUUGCGUAUGGUAUCCUCACAUGCUUCAGAUCCUCAUGGAAUAGAAUAUCCUUCUUCAAGUCACCUUAUCUCUAUUAGGGAUGAUUUUAAUCCACGCAGACAAAGGUUUUACGAGCAAUCAAAUGAAAAUGACUUUGAUACUCGAGAAACUUCCUUAAAAAGUUCAAAGAACAGAUUAUCAUGGUCAGGCUCUGAUUUGUUUUCAAGGAAUUCUAACUGCAUGGGUUAUGAGCAUGGAAAAGUUGGAGCAUGCAUGUACUCUCCUGUUCCCUUUUAUGCUGCUGAGGAACUAAUGGUCACAGUAAGUAAAGCUCAUGGUGACAAUAACAUGCCAAAAUUGUGGUCAAGCCCAUUUCUUCUUGUUCCACCCAGUGGUUCAACUACUGUUAUUGUUCCCCAAGCAUCACAAAAUGCUGCAUUUAUGAUUUCUGUGACAUCUAGUCCUGUUGCUGGGCCACUAGCUGGGAGGUCGAGUGCUAUUACUUUUCAGCCUAGAUAUGUUAUUAGUAAUGCAUGCAGUAAUGACAUAUGCUACAAGCAAAAGGGUACUGACCAUGUAUUCCGUAUGCGCGUAGGAGAACAUUCUCAUCUUCAUUGGACAGACACAACCAGGGAAUUACUUGUUUCUGUUAGAUACAAUGAACCUGGAUGGCAAUGGUCGGGAAGCUUCUUGCCAGAUCAUCUUGGUGAUACUCAAGUGAAGAUGCAGAAUUAUGUUUCUGGUUCAUCUAGUAUAAUUCGAGUUGAAGUGCAAAAUGCUGAUGUUUCUGUUAGAGAUGAAAAGGUUGUUGGAAGCCUCCAUGGUGAAUCUGGAACAACCCUGAUUCUCUUAUCAGAUGAUGAUACAGGGUACAUGCCCUACAGAAUUGAUAAUUUUUCAAGGGAGAGGCUAAGGAUCUUCCAACAAAAGUGUGAACCUUUUGAGACUAUUGUUCAUUCUUAUACAUCAUGUCCCUAUGCUUGGGAUGAACCAUGUUAUCCUCAUCGCCUCACUGUGGAGGUACCUGGUGAGCGUGUUCUGGGCUCAUAUUCCCUUGAUGAUGUUAAAGAAUACAUGCCCAUUUGCUUACCAUCAUCUUCUGAGAAAGCUGAGAGAAAAUUAUUCUUAUCAGUACAUGCUGAAGGAGCCACAAAGGUCCUCCGUGUGAUCGACUCAAAUUACCAUAUUUUGAAUGAUACGGAGAAUUUGAACAUACCUCAUUUAAAAGAGAAAAGGAAACAUGAGCAGAAACAGGACAGGGUUUUUGGUUACAAGGAGCAAAUUUUAGUAGUAAUUCCACAUCUUGGUAUUUCCGUAAUUAAUAUUGAUCCUCGGGAAUUGGUUUUUGCUUGCGCAAAAAAUAUAACUUUUGAUCUGCUGCAGAGUUUGGAUCAACAAAAGUUUUCAUUUCAAAUUUCAUCAUUGCAAAUAGAUAAUCAGCGACGCUCAUCACCAUAUCCUGUGAUGUUGUCUUUUGAUCGUGAAUACAAAAGCAAUCCAGCUGAAAAAAAAUUGCAAAGAACUUCUGAUUGCUCUUAUGAACCUGUAUUCUACAUUGCAGUGUCAAAAUGGAAGAAGAAAGAUAUCUCAUUGGUUUCAUUUGAAUAUAUAAUCUUAAGAGUUGCAGAUUUCCACCUUGAGCUUGAGCAAGAGGUGAUAUUAGGCAUGUUUGGCUUCAUAAAAAAUGUAACAUCAAGGUUUCAGAGUAGUUUCUUAAAGUUACCAGAUCCCUUAUUGUGUCCACUAAUUCCUGAUACUGGCUUGCUGGAGCCAUCGUCUUCUGAGCAUCAGAAAGCAAAGGGCAUUCCUGUCUUUAAAAGUCAAUCACUACCUUCAGUGGUUCCAAUUGGAGCUCCUUGGCAGCAAAUUUACCUUUUGGCCAGAAGACAGAGGAAAAUCUAUGUAGAGGUGUUUGAAAUAAGCCCCAUCAAUGUAACUUUCAGCUUUUCCAGUGCUCCAUGGAUGCUUAGAAAUGGGAUCCUUACAUCGGGAGAGUCUCUGAUCCAUAGAGGUCUUAUGGCUCUGGCUGAUGUUGAGGGGGCACAAGUACAUCUUAAGAGACUAGCCAUUUCACACCACAUUGCUAGUUGGGAAUCCAUUCAGGAGAUCAUUAUUAAGCAUUGCACUCGUCAGCUUCUUCAUGAGAUGUAUAAGGUAUUUGGUUCUGCUGGUGUUAUAGGUAACCCCAUGGGAUUUGCGAGGACUCUGGGGCUUGGCUUCAGAGAUUUCUUAUCUGUACCAGCCAGGACUAUUUUCCAGAGUCCUACUGGAUUGAUAACUGGCAUGGCUCAAGGCACCACUAGCCUCUUAAGUAACACUGUCUACGCUAUAAGUGAUGCUGCUACUCAAUUCAGCAAAGCUGCACACAAGGGUAUUGUUGCAUUUACAUUUGAUGACCAGGCAGUUUCCCAAAUGGAGCAGCUACAGAUGGGUGUACCGUCACAUUCUAAAGGCAUGAUUAAUGAAGUUUUAGAGGGACUCACAGAUCUCCUCCAAUCACCAAUUAAAGGAGCUGAGAAACAUGGUCUUCCUGGUGUAUUGUCAGGUAUAGCUUUAGGUGUUACAGGUCUCGUGGCAAAACCAGCUGCAAGUAUUCUUCAACUUACUGGAAAAACUGCUCAGAGUAUCAGAAAGCGGAGUAGGCUAUACCAAAUGGGAUCACAACGUUUCAGGGUUCGUCUUCCAAGGCCUCUAAGUAGGGAAGCUCCUCUCAGACCCUACUCUUGGGAAGAAGCUGUUGGGAUGUCUGCACUUGCUGAGGCUGGUGAUGGCGUGAGGCUCAAGGAUGAAGUCUUGGUUGCAUGCAAGGCACUUAAACAAACUGGUCAAUUUGUCAUCAUCACGGAGAGACUUAUAUUAAUUAUUAAGUGCUCUGGCUUGAUGGACUUGGGAAAGCCCGAGUUUCGAGGCAUUCCUGCUGAUUUGGAGUGGGUACUAGAGUCGGAAAUUGACUUGGAAAGUGUAAUGCAUGCUGAUACUGAUCAUGGAGUGAUUCACAUUGUUGGAAGUAGUUCAGAUACCUUAUUGCGGCAAAACAAGCAGGCUACAGGAGGUAGCGGAAUCACUGUACGAUGGAAUAGUCCUACUCUCCCUCUCAUUCAGACCAACUUGGAACUAGCACACACAGAAGAUGCUGAGAACUUGUUACAGAUUUUGUUGGCAACAAUUGAACGAGGAAAGGAUGAAGGCUGGGGCUGUAGGUAUCUUUUGCACCGAAGUAGUAUCAAGUAGGUUCGUGUAAGCACAUCAAUUCACUAUGGUGACAGAUGAAGGUCCUCUCAGAGAUUUUGUUGUAGAUUUAGACAGUGAAGCUUCUUGAUUGCAGCUUUUAAGAAUUGAUUUUCAUCAAAGAAUUAUGUUUACAAGAAAAAAAAAAUGCAAUAGCAAAUUGAAAUGUGCAACUUUGGUGAAUUAUUCAUUUGAACAACUUCCACCUGAAGAGCUGAACUGACACAAUACCCAAAGUAUAUCUUGUUUUUAUGUGUGUAUCUUCUAUACCAUGUACAGGUUUUUUUUUUCCUCGAGUUCCUAAUGUAAAUUAGAGAGUUUCAACUCCAUUGACACCAAAAGUCAUUGUGUACAGUAUAAAAAUGUUUGGUGUCCCAAUUUUGGAUAUACUAUUGUCUUAAUUUAUACUAUGUGUAUACAUUAUGUGAUUUUAGUGAAAAGCCAGAAAGUGUUGGCAACUGAUUGAGAUGUA